UCAAAAUAAUAUUAUUCGUAUACAACUAGUAACAGAAUAAAGAGACACGAAACUAAAAUCUUUCAAAAAAUCGGCGAAAAUUAGAAUAACAUUUUUUACAUUUUUAAAACGCUAAAUUUUUUGUAAGUGUCAAUUUUGGACAAUGACUUCUAAAACGGAGAGAUCUGUGAGUGAGAUGAUGCCUAAGAAGGCUAGAAAGCCAAGGCAGCCAAGGAAGCCCCGAUUCAAGACCUCUUUUAAGACCCCAGUGGCCUCUAAGAAAAUCAGAAAUUCACGCUGUCGAAAACUAAAAGCUAAACUCGCUCAGGAGAAGGAUGAUGAUCUUUUAAAUCAGAACGCCAUGAUGUGGACAGAAAACUCCCCGUUGACUCACAGACUGGAUUUUAAGGCAAUAAUACUUCGGGAGAUGAAUCGCCUGGGAAGACAACCUUCAAACGAGUUGAAACGAGAUGCGAAAAGGGCCCUGGCAUCUAGAAGAGCUCUCAGAACGAACGAAGACCAUCAGAAUUUUCCUCCAUUCUCGAACUGCCAAACUAAGUGCCGAAAACCACGCAGACGAAAAGCAAAAUCCAAGCUCGCUGAAUGGAAUAAACUAUUAGAGCACGUUGCGAUAAUGAAGAAAGAAGAUAAUUUGUUGCCACAUAGACAGAACUUCAAGGCAGUAAUACUCAGGGAAAUGGAACGACUGGGGAGACAACCUACAAAAGAGUUCGAACGGGCUGCUAAAGAAUCAAUGACAUAUGCCAGAAAAUAUGCACAUCAGAGCGUUCGACCAUGGACGAAAAAGUCGCCCAAAAAUUCCAAGCAAACCACGAGCCAGAAAUCGAAGAGAAUCGAUUCAAAAUCGAGGACAAUUUCAAGGAACGUUAGGUCUAAACCUUCCUCAAAGCUUCUCAUUAAAAAGAAAAUUUCCAAAAAUCUUUCGAUCAAAAAUUCCAUGUCCCUGUCGGUUCUCUUUAUCAAGUCAUCCCCACCCUGUCCGAAAGUGCAGUCAAUUUCCCAGGAAGGUUCAAAGGUAUCAAUUUCCUUUACCAUGAUCUCGCCUACACCAUCGGGUCACGAAAUAGCUUCAGAAAAACAUUCGAAACAUGAUAUUUCCCCCUUGCAAAGUAAGGAAGGAAGUGCUACUAUGGAAGAACGUUUAGAAGCAGGAACGAAGAUAAAAAGUGAAGAACAUAGACAGGAUUUUAAGGAAGGAAUACUGGGGGAAGUGGAUAGACUUGGGAGACAAGCUGCUAAAGAGUUUAAAAGUGCUACGUCGUUGGCAUCAAGCAGGAAAAGUUCUCAAAAGACCAUACCAAUCGCGAAUUUCAACUCUCGGAGGAAUAUUUUAAGUCAGAGCUCUGGAACAUGGUCAAUACGUUUCGAAAAUUCGCCGAGUAAACAUUCCAAGGAAACUGUUAGCAGGACGUCCAAGGAAAUCUAUCAAAACUCGAGCCAAAUGUCGAAGAAUGUUGAAAAAGAGGCAUCUCAAUUCAAUGUGCUUUUGGGAAGAAAUAUAAUUUCCCAGAACUUUCCGGCAAGGAAUUCUGCAUCCUUAAUCCUUCCAACCGCCUCACAAACCAAGUCUUCCUCAAAAUCGCACCCUGGCCCUUAUAAACCGUCCUCAACCGUGUUAUCUCCGAUUCAAUCUCUUCUUCCGGUAAUAGAUUCUACAUAUUAUCCAAUUUCUUUGAAAAAUAGAGAAGAUUUUCUUACUGAGGAACAACGUCAAGCAGUUCUAAAAGCUAUAGAGGAGGCUGAAAUUGAAAAUCAUCCCCAUGAGCAAUAGACGAAUUUGUGAAGUUUUUCGAGGGAAUAUUCCAAAUAUUUAAACAAUCCCAACAAGACUUCAAAAAGCCUUAGAAGCAACAAAUUAAAAAACACAAAUAUAUGCUUUAAUUAUUUUUAAUAUCAAAUAAAACUUAAUGAAAUAUAAACUAUAUUUGUAAUUUUAACUUCUAAUACAAAAAUAAGAGUGCAAUAGUCAUAUUUUUGAUAGGGGUACAAUAGUAAGAAAACAGGCGUAAAGAAGUCCUAUUUUUUUACAAGAAUUGGUCAAAACAACGUUCAUAUGGCCUGUGGAACUUCUACGUCCUCUAAAAUCCUUACAGGAUCAUUACAGGAUGUUCGAUUUAAGCUAAACAUUUAUACCUAAAAUAUUAUUUAUAAAAAAAAAUGCAUAGCUAUUCCUAAAAUUAAACAAGAUCCCUUUUGAACUUUCUGUCAAACCAAUUUAAGAAACUUCAUCGAAGAAAAUUUCAUUCGUAUACAAGUCAAAGACUAAGGUUAAAAAAAAAAUAAUCUUUUCCACCUAUUUUUAUACUUUCAAUUUUCCAAUAGUCUUAAAAAAGCAAAAUUUUUUGUUAUUUAUUAUUGUCGUACACUUACAUAAUGCGUGCUAAAAGACCUCAAGAGCUUUGUGUUUUAAAGAAAAAAUGCGUAUAUUGCGGCAAAAAGAAAAGACCCCAUCAGUUGCCUAACUGCAAGGCAAAGAAAUGUGGCUCGCCCGAAAACUGUAAGGACAUUUCGGGUAAAGUCCGGAAGCCCCGACGGAAUCCCGCUUUUAAAGCGAUCUCAAAGAGUCGCCGUGGACGAUCACGGAAACAGAAAACUAAAGCUGCUGAACGCGAAGAACUUUUGAAGCAGGUAGCGAUUAUGAAGAAUGAAGCUCUGGCGAAUAGGCAGAAUUUCCGGGGUAUAAUCCUUAGGGAGAUGGAACGAAUGGGGAGACAGCCGGCAAGUGAAUUAAAAAGGGCAGCGGAAAAUUUCAUGGCAUCUAGGAAGAAAGAAACCCAAGUUCAAGCAACCCCAACGCCCCAGGAGAAUGAUUUUCCUCAAAGCUCUGGACCGUGCCAAGUUCGCUCGGGAAAAUCACAAAGAAAAAUUUCCAAGGAAACUAUGAAAAAGUUACCCAAGCGAAUUGAUGUGAAAUCAAAGAACAUUUCAAAGAAUGUGGCUAAUAAUAUAUCUAAUUUUGAAAAGCUCAUCAAAAAGAAUUCUCCCGCUAAUCUUUCGAAAAGGAGAUCUAUAUCGUAUAUAGAGUUCUCACCCAAACCAUCCCAAUCUUCCUUAGAAACACCCAAGGAAAUGUCCAAGGAAGAUUCUAAGAAGUCCACGUCUACCGUGCUGUCUCCUAAACCGUCCAAUUUGGAUAUGGCUUCACAAGAACCGACUGUACGUUCUACCUUUUACCUAUACCCCUUGCAGAAUACGGAAGACUUUAUUACUGUGGAGGAGACACGCGGAGAGCCGGGAAUGGAAACGAUAUUUGUAGCUCGUCCUGCUAACAAAGCAAUGGAUGAGUUUUUGAAGUUUUUAAGGGGAGCAUUCCUAUUAUCUCAACAAUCAAAACGAAAUUUCCGUAUAAACUUAUAAGCACAUGAAAAUAUUACAUUCCAAUUUAAUUUUGAAA